AGCUAUAAAAUGAAACCAGUAUGGAACCCCAAGGUCUUUAUGACAAUGGAAACCAAAAAAUUGAUUGGUAAAUCACUUCAACCAGCCAGACCUGUUCAUCAUUUGACUUCUUCCUCAGGAGCAGUGUUGCCUUUCAACUUUCAAAGUGAUUAUCAGCGCAACACCCAGUGCUUACAAAGUGGAGUUAGCAGAUGUAAGGUGAAUGGAAAGCAAACCUUUUCUCAAGGUCUUAAUGAAGAGCAGCAACAUCAGCCUCCAGUUAAAAAAGAGAGAAUUAAAUACAGCAGAGAUUUCCUGUUGAAGCUCUCAAGUGUUUCCAUCUGCAGAAAAAAACCAGAUUUUCUGCCUGAUCAUCCCAUUGUACUUCAAACACCAAAAAACACCCAAAAUUUUAAGUAGAAUUUUAAGAACAGACGGAUUUGAAGAUAAUGAAUUAUUUGUUUUAUAUUUUGGACACCAGCAAAUGAAGUGGACCUGGUAACACUACCUAAUUGACCGUGACAAUUGAAUUUAUUUUAAAUUUUGAUGGUUGGAUGUUUGGCUUCUCCUAAAAUGAGAAAGAGAUAUUUUAAACUGUAAAGAUUUUCUAAUCAGAUUUGUAAACAGUUUCCUGCAAAAACUGGGAGGAACACUGGAAAGUAGGAAUUUGGUUAGUGAAGUGGGAAAGACUGUAUUUAUAAUUUGCAUGAUACUUGCAAUUUUUGUUUUUCAUGAGUUGUAAUAAUGGAAUGGAAAUGUAAGCUGUAAAGAUUCUCAAAUAUAAAGUAUUUCUGACAAUGUACGUAAUUUCUCCUUUCUCCGAAAAGUUCCUUUUCUAUUUUCCACUAAUUUCAUACCUACCAGCUCUUGAACAGAUCAUUAUGUUCUCUUUAGAGGUGUAGAAUGAUUCAGGAUGCUCAAUACA